GUUUGUGACGUGAAGCUUUGCCGGAAAUGGCAGCUUCGCGGUGAACGGAGGUCCAGCGACGAUGGUGAGUUGUGUGAGGUCGCUUGGUUCUGUUUGUCGCGUUUGGAACUCGUUCAUCCGACAAAUAGGUGGAGCUCAUUUUUUCGACGAGUUUCAGGCAGAGACGAGGUCGUUGGUGUUUUCUCCGGCGAGCUGGGUUGUUCCCGAUUUUGGGGGCUGUUGGUUGAAGAAGAAGAUCGGGGAAAGGUUCGUUGGAGAAGAAAACGUGAAGGGGCUGGGGGUCGCUCGUUUGUGCUCAGCCUUCUUUAGCUGCUGCUUUUUCGUUCCUUUCUUAUUUUGUUUCCUCCAUGCGCAACUUUUGUUCAUCCGUUUCUUUUCGUUCAAUCCCCUUCUCCGUUAUCUCUUUGUUCCAUUCUUUUUUCAUGCGCAGCUUUGCGU